AUUAUAAACGGGGCCGAAGAGCCGAACCCUUUCACUUGCAUUGUCACGAAUCUGACAUUCUGAUCCUCGACGAUGGCUUCCUCAACUCCGUUUUCGGGGCCCUCAUCGUCUUCCCCUUCGCCUUCGAUUCUGGAAGAUGAAGGACCCAGAAAUUGGGCGGAGCUUCCGCCGGAGCUGACGGCGACGAUUCUUCACCGGCUCGGCGCGGUGGAGAUAUUGACGACUGCUCAAAUGGUGUGCAAAUGGUGGCGCAGCGUCUCCAAGGAUCCGUCGAUGUGGCGGGAGAUCGACAUGCGAAAUUCCGGAGACCUUCAAAGCAUGGAACACGAUCUAGAGAUCAUGUGUCUUCACGCCGUCGGUCGCAGCCUCGGUGGCUUGGUCGGUAUCAACAUUGAGUAUUUCGGCACUGACUCUCUCCUCGCCAGCAUCGCCGACAGCUCAACUCAUCUUCAACGUCUUAGACUUGUAUCCUGCUAUGAAAUAACGGACGAAGGACUUGUGGAAGCAGUCAUGAAACUUCCAUUGCUUGAAGACCUCGAGGUCUCAUACUGCUCGGUGUCAGGAGAUGCUCUGCGAGCUGUAGGUCGUUCUUGCCCACUUCUGAAAACAUUGAAGCUGAACUGCCCAGGUUACAGGCGUCCUCGGAUUGAGUGUGAUGACGAUGCCCUAGCCAUUGCUCAAAGCAUGCCUGAACUCCGACAUCUCCAGCUCUUUGGUAACAGACUAACAGAAACUGGUCUGUACGCCAUUCUCGACUCCUGUCCUCACCUGGAACACCUUGACUUACGCCAAUGCUUCAACCUCAACCUGGUGGGAAACCUGGGGAAGCGUUGUUCCGAAAAGAUCAAAGAUUUGAGGCGCCCCAAUGACCCGACUGAUGAUUAUGCUUUCGAUGCCACAGUUAUUGAUAUGGUUUCAUCUGAUGAUGACUACCCGUAUGGUUUCUCGGACAUUGAUCUUCUGUCAGAUGACGAGUACCACUACGAGUUCUCUGGAGCCAGCGACUAUUCCGACUACGGGAACUAUGACUAUGACUAUUAUGACGACGAAUUUUUCCUCUGACGAGAGAUUUGAUCCCGCAGCUUUUACCUGGUAGAGUGAAGGCAUGUUCUCUUUUCUGGUAAACAAUCCAAUGAUGCUUUCUGUUAAUCCUUGUAUCAUUGACUUUGAAUGUUUUGUCUAAAACCUUGCUUCAGCCCCUUUGAACUGAAAACAGUGGGCGGUAUCUGAACUAUAUAUUAUAAUAAAAUCAUAGGCAUUUCUCA